GCUCCAGCCACGGGGCAUUGUUCUCGUCUCCCGCCUAUAAGACCCCUCCUGACCGGAGCUGCCGGCCGAGCCGCGCCAGGCACAUCGGCACAUGCGACCCUCCCUGCCCGGCCUCUCUUGCGCGGCCGUCGGAACCAAAGCCAUCAGCCUCAGCGCUGCAAGGCGUCCCCUCCAACGCGCGGCGUUUCCAAGCGCGGCCGCUGCAGCGAAGGCAUCGCCCCCGUUUGGCGUCUUCCGUGCCCCGCCCUCCUCUUAAGCUUCACCACCCCGAGCGCCCGCGCCCUCGCGGCCUCGCCCACUUGACUUGACUAUACGAGCGAGCGAGCGGGCUGUCUGUUCUCCCGUGACCUCUCCGCCAAGGCCCGAGGCUGUGUGGGGCGGGCGACACAAGCGAGGCUAGCUAUGGGUGCUGCCGCGGCGGAGGUGGUGGCGCCGAGGCCACCGUCGGGCAAGAGGAGGUCGACCACGCUGAGGUUCCUCUUCGAGCUCGAGAAGCCGGACGGCCUGCUGCCCGGCACGGCCAAGCUCCCACCGCCGUCGCCGGAGCCCGAGGCCGACAGCCUGAUUGACAAGAUCGCCUCGUGCCACCGCUCGUUCACGUUCGCCGGCGCGGGCGAGUGCGAGGCCGAGCGGGACGCGAAGCGGGAGCGCCUGGUGGAAGUGCUCGGUGCCGUGCGGUCGGUCGGGACGGCCGGGAGCAACAAGGGGCUUCCGCUGGACCACCGCGUGAUGGCGGCGCUGCUGAGGAUGGUCGCCGCCAACAUCUUCCGUUCAAUGCCGCCGUCAGCGUACCCGCCGCUGCCGCCCGACGGCCUCGACGAGGACGCGCCGGCGGCGGUGCUGGCCCCGGCGUGGCCGCACCUCCAGGUGGUCUACGACAUCCUCCUCUCCGUGGUCGCCGCCGCGGACGCCAGGGCGCUGCGCCACCACGUGGACCGCGCCUUCCUCUCGUCCCUCCUCGCGCUGUUCGCCUCCGAGGACCCCCGGGAGCGGGACCGGCUCAAGACCGCGUACCACCAGCUCUACUCCAAGCUCACCUGCGAGCGCGCCUUCAUGCGGCGCUCCAUGGCCACCGCGCUCCUGCGGCUCGCCUACGAGGCUCCCCCGGGCGAGCGCCCCUGCGGCGCCGCCGAGCUGCUGGAGAUCUGCGGCAGCAUCAUCAACGGCUUCGCCGUGCCGCUCAAGGAGGAGCACCGGGAGUUCCUGACGCGCGUGCUGAUGCCGCUGCACCGGACGCGGUGGGCGCACACGUACCACCGCCAGCUCGCCUACUGCGUGCUCCAGUUCGUGCACAAGGAGCCCGGGCUCGCCGGCGCCGUCGUCACGGGGAUCCUGCGCCACUGGCCCGUCACCAACUGCCAGAAGGAGGUGCUGCUCAUCGAGGAGCUCGAGGAUAUUCUCCAGGUGCUCGAGCCAGAGCAGUUCCAGAAGCUGGCCGUGCCCGUCUGCUCGCGGAUCGCCCGCUGUGUCAGUAGCUGCAGCUCUCAGGUGGCCGAGAGGGCGCUGUACGUGUGGAACAACGUGCGGUUCCUGGACCUGGCGACGUCGUCGCCGGGCGUGAUGGAGAAGAUCCUGCCGGCGUUCGUGGCGAGCGUGGAGGGCAACCUGGAGCGGCACUGGAGCAAGUGCGUGCAGCAGGUGACGGCCAGCGUCAAGGCCCUGCUGGAGGAGGUGGCGCCCGACCUCUACGCCCGGUGCGCCGCCGACCUCGCCGCGCGGCGCUCCGAGGCCGAGGCCGCCGCCGCCGUGCGCGCCGCCCGUUGGCGGAAGCUCGACGCUGCCGCCGCCGCCGCCAAAUAGCUAGCCCGCGGCGGCGCGACGUCGGGUCAGUGUACAUGCGUGCGCGGUAUGCCGCGAUUGAUGGCGGCGCAGCGUGCCAUUUUGGUUGGCAACGGCGCCGCGGCUGUAAGAUCGAUCGAGACCGUGUUGUGCAAGCGAAGUUUGUGCUUCCGUGAGAAAA